AUGGUGCAGUGCACCCCGGACCUGUCCGCGGAGGAUUGCGGCCGCUGCUUGGUUGAGGCUGCAGGGGCCUUAUCAGAUUGCUGUCGGGGUAGUGUCGGGGCUAGGGUGAACUUGCCCAGCUGCAAUAUCCGUUACGAGAUUUCGCCUUUCUAUAACGAGUCUCGGCUGGAGGAGCUGGCGGGCGGGCACCACACGGACGAGCCGGGUCAACCGACCCGUGAUCCACCGUUACCGCCAAAACCAGGAGUUCAAAAGGGCAACAAUAUAACCCGAGUCGUCGUCAUUACUGUAAUUUCAGUUGUUGCUUGUGCGAUGUUCUUUGUUUUCGUAUGCCUCGUGUUAAGAAAGAAAAUGAGACGCAAGCCAGAGGAAAAUCAUGAGACUGCUGCUAACGAGGUGAGCUCGGACGAAUCUGUUGUAUAUGCAUUGAGCACAAUCAGAGAUGCUACGAAGGAUUUUUCGGAUGAUUACAAGAUGGGACAAGGUGGAUUUGGACCUGUUUACAAGGGAAUACUUCCAAGUGGUGAAGAAGUAGCAGUCAAAAGAUUGUCUCAAUAUUCUAGACAAGGUGAUUUGGAGUUCAAGAAUGAGGUCUUGUUACUGGCCAAACUUCAACACAGGAAUCUAGUUAGACUUUUGGGUUUCUGUCUAGAAGGAAAGGAGAAGCUCCUCGUUUACGAAUUCAUGCAAAAUGCGAGCCUCGACCACUUUAUAUUCGAUCCCAUCAAACGUUCGUACUUAGAUUGGGAAAAACGCUUCAAGAUCAUAAUCGGUGUAGCCAGGGGAAUAUUGUACUUGCACGAAGAUUCUCAACUAAAGAUCAUUCACCGUGAUUUGAAACCUAGCAAUGUGCUUCUAGAUGGUUCUAUGAAUGCUAAAAUCGCAGAUUUCGGCACGGCAAGGCUGUUUGCUCAAGAUGAGACACAUGGGAGUACAAGUAGGAUUGCUGGAACCCUAGGGUACAUGGCACCAGAGUACGCGGUGCAUGGAAAAUUUUCGAUCAAAUCCGAUGUUUAUAGCUUUGGAGUGCUACUCUUGGAAAUCAUUAGCGGCCAAAAGAAUAAUCGCGUUCGGGAAGGGGAGAAUGUAGAGGACUUGUUAAGCUUUGUUUGGAGACAUUGGCGAGAAGGCACGGCUGAACAAGUGUUGGAUCCGUGUUUGAGGUCAAGUUCGGGUUUUUUCAUAAACGAUGUAGUGAGAUUCAUUCACAUUGCUUUGUUGUGUGUUCAGGAAAAAGCAACCGAUAGGCCAACAAUGGCUUCGGUUAUCGUAAUGCUUAGUAGCUCGUCUUUAAAACUGGCGACACCCAUCGAGCCUGCGUCUUUUAUGCCUGCUGAUUAUGGUUCAGAGACUUCACUUCUUUAG